AUUUUUCAAAUGACGUUUGUCAGCGGAUCUGUCAGCUUUAGUUUUGUUUACGAAAACAAUUCGAUCGAUGUUGUAAAAUUUGGUUUCAUAUCUCGUAUUUUUCCCGUUUUUCCACUGGACCAAACACACCGAGGCAUGAGUCGUGAUUGUUGACUAAAGCCUCAAUUAGAGCGUAAACGGGUGCCGCUAACCGCUUGCAGCCAGCAAUCGCCAUGAAGCUCAAAACACUUAUAUUCCGGCUACUGCUCAGUAUUGUAUCGUUGGUUGUGUUUAACGAGUUCGUUGUUUACUACAUUGUGCUGUUAAAAUGUCAAUGGCCAUCAAAACCGGCAUCAGUGAACGAAUUGGAACCAGUGAGCGUAAUGCUGCUCGCGGAUACCCAUCUACUAGGCCCCGUGCGAGGCCACUGGUUCGACAAGUUGCGGCGCGAAUGGCAAAUGCAUCGUGCCUUCCAAUCGGCCAUCACACUGUUCCAACCGGAAGCAGUCUUCAUCCUCGGGGACGUGUUUGACGAAGGGAAUUGGGUAAAUCAGAAAGAGUUCGACAACUACGUCGAACGCUACCGCCAACUGUUCCACACUCCGCGAGGCGUAGCGCUUCAUAGUAUUGUAGGCAAUCACGACAUUGGCUUCCACUACGCCACACGGCCCAACCUGGUGCAACGAUUCGGGGACCAGUUUAACAUCACAGGCGUAUCGUUGAUCAGCCUGAGAGGCGUGCAUUUCGUGGCGAUCAAUUCAAUCGCGAUGGAAGGCGAUGGGUGUUACCUGUGUGAGAAGGCAGAGAAAGAGCUAAAAUCGAUCGAGACAAUCUUCAAAUGUGGUAGAGGAAUUGGGCAGUGUAAGGAUGUGCCGAAGUUGGAAGAGUACAGCAGACCGAUUGUGCUGCAGCACUUUCCCAUGUACCGUGAGUCGGACAAAGAGUGUCAGGAGCAUGAUUCACCACACGUAGACCUGUACCGUGAACGAUGGGAAGUGCUAUCGAAGGAAUCGACCGAUUUGAUUGGAGAUUUGCUUAGCCCGAGGUUAGCUUUCAGUGGCCAUUCGCACCACUACUGCCAUAUGGUGAAGAAUCGUAUAAAGAUCGAAGAGUACACGCUACCUUCGUUUAGUUGGCGCAACAAAAACAAUCCCAGCUUCAUGUUGGCACGCAUAUCGCUAAAAGAGUACACCGUUUCACGGUGCCGUAUGCCGGAGGAAAACACCAUUGUAACGAUAUACCUCGUCGGAGGAAUUUUGAUACUGCUUGUGUCCACGCUGAAAAUAGCGGGCAUCAUCGGGCAACUGUGGUCCUUCCUUUGCCGUGGUCGCAAAGAUUACAAAAAACUUACCAAAUAGCUCAUCAUCGUACGCUCGAGCUCAAUUUAUUGUAGAUCGUAAGAAACGGAAGCGAAUUAUGGUAGAAAUAAUAGACGAUAUAGCGAAAUUAGGCACAUUUAUAUGGUUUGCUUAAAAAUGUGUUUUCCUCUAAUUUUACACCAAAAGUCAGAUGUUCAGAAACUGAUACGAUUUUUGUUAAAUUUAGCACUAAAUUCUCAUAUAUUUAUCAUUACAGAAAUAUUUUCAUUUGUAAAAAACAUAGUUCAAACCUGUGUUGAUUUCGCAUUGUUGAAAUGAUCUCUUUUAACGGACGAUUCAAAUUUCUAUCGUUGGCGUUUUUGACAUUUUGACACGGAGCUCACCAACACCAACGCAAACGCGCGCACUUUGUUGUCAAAAGACCGGACAUAAACAAUAAAAUUUACUUUCAUUUCAAAA